CGCUGCUCCUGCUGGGAUGCGCGCGUUUGCAGCUUCCGAACCAGCUCCGCUGCGCCUCUCCUUGCGUCGCUUUGCUAUUUUCACGUCUUCCUUGCGUCGCACAUUCUCCUCUGAGCCAUGAACUGAUCCUUCUGCCGACUUGCAGAGUGACUUUUCGAGCUGCGUUCUUCCAAUUUCCGACUCGGCUGCUGUUUUUGACUGGGUAGUGGAGCAGCAGUGGCGGAGGAGGAGGAGGAGAAGGGUCUGCAUUAUUUUUGUUGUUUGCGCAAGGGCAGCAAAGGUUAGGUAGCGGUUGUUUGGCGGGAUUUUCGGUGGAUUUGGGCGUGUUGAAGCGAGAGGUGCGAGGGGAUUGUGGGUGUGAGUGACAGGGUUGCUGUUCUGAGAACUUGGGAAUUCAGGUAGUUGGGUAGUGACGACGGGAAAAUCCACGAGAUUUGGAAAUGGCGGACCGUUAUGAUAGAAAUCCGUUUGAUGAGGCGGAGGAAGAAGUGAAUCCGUUCUCUGAUCCCGUGGUGCGGGCGCAGGCAGCGAAGCCGUCUUAUGACGGUAAUGGCCUCUUUAAUGGCUCGGACUACAAGAAGAAGGAGAAAGAGCUGAAAGCCAAGGAAGAAGAAUUGAGGAGAAAAGAGCAAGAGUUGAAACGCAGGGAGGAUGCUGUUGCAAGAGCUGGCGUUUCGAUAGAGUCUAGAAACUGGCCACCUUUCAUCCACAUUCUUCAUCAUGAUAUCGCUAAUGAUAUUCCAGCACACUCGCGGGGAUUGAUGCGCUGGGCUUAUGCAAGUUGGUUAGGAAUUCUACUCUGUCUCUUUUGGAACUUCGUUUGCGUGCUUUCAGCGCUUAUUGCUAAUGUUGGUGGUGUGCAGAUUCUUCUUCUUGGUAUUAUUUACGUGCUGGCUGGUUAUCCCAUGUCGUAUUUUUUGUGGUAUAGGCCUCUCUACCGGGCAAUGAGGUCCGAUAGUGUUCUGAGAUUUGGUUGGUUCCUGAUAUUCUAUCUGCUCCACAUUGCAUUUUGUGUGUUGGCUGCUGUUGCUCCGCCCAUCAUCUUCAAAGGAAAGUCACUUGCGGGAAUCAUACCAGCGCUUGACCUUUUCUCUCAGAAGCUCAUUAUUGGCAUCUUUUAUAUGGUUGGGUUUGCCUUGUACACACUGGAAACACUUCUCAGCAUCUGGGUUUUAAAGAGUGUCACGCAAUAUUUCAGAGGCGAAGGAAGAGCAGCUGAUAUGAAGCGAGAGGCUGAAGCGGGUGCUUUUAGAUCAGCUGUUUGAUUUAGUUGCACUCUUAUUGAUAGACCAGAGUUUCAUUGUUUAAAUAUCUCUUGUAGAGAUUUGCAGUUUGUUAGGAAAGCUUGCAUUGGCACAGAUUGUGUUGCUGAAGUUCAGUAUGAAAUACGGACAGUAGUGAGGGUUUUUCACCUGCCUUUUAACCCUGGCAUGGUCCUCAAUGGAAUUGUCCACCGCAUAGUUGCUUUUGUUAAGUGCAGAUGAUAAUUUGUCUCAUUUAAGUUAUUGGGAUUGAAUAAUUUUAUUGACCCAAAGAAAUGAAUUGGGAGUA